AUGGCAUCGCGGGGCUCAAUCGGGUUUACGUUUUGGUUCCCUUCCCCUCACUUCCACGCUUUUUCUCCCCGCCUUCCGUCGUUUGCCCCCUUCCCCACCCCUGCCCGUCCCGCCCUCCCCGUUCCUCCCCGCUCUCCCCCCUCGCUUUCCCUGUGGGGCAUGUUUUUGUCGCCGCGACUGGAAGACCUGGGCGUGGACGAGCUGCUGGGCAUGGAUGACUUUGAAGACCUAGCUGGUGGCGGCGAGGCGGGGGAUGGCGAGGAGGAGGACGACGAGGAUGGGGACGAGGAAGAGGAGGAAGAGGAGGAGGAUGAAGAGGAUGAGGAGGAGGAGGAGGAGGAUGAGGAGGAAGAAGAGGAAGAGGAGGAGGUUGGGAAGGGAGGAGGAUCGAAGCGUGCCAAGAAAGCGAAGGGGGACGAGGAGGAGGAGGAUGAUGAGGAAGGGGUAGGGGAAGAUGCGGAGGUGGAUGAAGAGGCAUUGGAAGGAGAGGAGGGGUUUGAGGAGAUCUCCCUCGCGCGGAUCGGCAUGGCGGAGGACGAUGAAGACGAGGAGGAGGAGGAAGAAGCGGCGGAAGGGGCGGAGGCGGCGGAGGCGGCGGAGGGGGGAGAGAAAGUGGGGGGAAAGAAGAAGGGUGGGGACGCGGCGAGGAAGCGAAAGAGCCACCAGCAGCAGCUGGAGGCUCUAAAGAAGAAGGACCCUGCGUUCUACGAGUUCCUAGCGGAAACAGAUCAAUCCCUCCUGGAGUUCAAGGAAGAUGCAGAGGGCAAAAAGGGCUCAGCAAAAGCAGCAGCAGCAGGAGGCGGCGAGGUGGAAGAAGGGGAGGAGGCAGACGAGGAUGAGAGUGAUGAGGAUGGUGAGGAGAAGGGAGGUGGAGGAGGGAAGGGGAAGAAGGGCAAGUCGGGUGUGCUGCCAGUGCUGACGACGGAGAUGGUGGACCGUUGGAUCGAGGCGGCGAUGGACGGCGGAUCGCAGGGCGCGAUGAAGAAGCUGAUGCAGGCGUUUCACUCCGCGUGCCACGACGCGGAGAGCUUCACUGGCGUUGUGCGGAGAUCCAGUGGGGGAGGGAAGGGCGGAAGCGGAGGCGGCGGAGGCGGAGGGAAGAAGAAGAAGGGGGGAGAUGACGAGGAGGAGGACGAGGGAGACGAAGGGGAGGAGGGGUUUGGGUUGACGGCAGAUGGGAAGAUGAAGCAACGGGAGCGCAAGCCGCAGUACCGGCUUGCGAGCGGGAACGUUUUCAACCGUGUGAUUCUCUUCGCGUUCAAAGAGACGGACAGGAUCGUCCGGAUCCUUCUCAGCGACGUAUCCGACGGCAAGGGGCGCCAGAAGAAGAAGGGCGGGAAGGGCGGGGGAGAUGGGGAGGAGGAUGGGGGGGAUGGCGACGGUGGUGGCGGCGGUGACAGCAAAUUCGCGGGGAGGCUCGGGAAGAAGAAGCUGCGAUCCCUCCUGCGGAAGCAGGCGAGGAGGGGGAACGAGGCGGACGCAUGGGGGCGGGGGAGCGCAGGGGUAGACUCCAUGGAAAAGCCAUGGGAGGCCAGUCCCCGCUGGUCUAAAGUCAGCCAGAUCGUCCGAAACUACCUCUCCACCGCCGUGCAUCUGCUCUCCACUAUGGCAGACUCCCGCUUGCUCACCUUCGCGCUGCGCUGUCUGAAACCGUCCAUGCCGCUGCUCGCAAGCUUCCCGAUCAUCGGGAAGAAGCUCGUGCGGAUUGCGAUCCACCAUUGGGGGUCUGGGGAAGGGUCCCUCCCGCUCGCCGCUCUCGUGGUGCUGCGGGAAAUAGCGCUGUUUCUGCCGUCGGACUGGGUCGAGGCGAUCGUGAGGCAGGCUUAUAGGGAGUUUGCGGCGCAGUGCAAGUUCGUGUCGCCGUCCUCGCUGCCCCGGAUUGCGUUCCUGUGUGCGGGAGUGGCGGAGCUGGCGCUCACGGACCCUGCGGCUGUGUACCCGCACGCGUUUGUGUCGAUCCGGCAGCUCGCGCUGCUGCUCCGAGGGGCGCUUAAAGUCAACGCAUCGGGGUUGAUUGAUACGGGGCAGCUGGCGCUGUUGCUAAAAGGGGCUGGCGCUGCUGCUAAAAGGGGUGCGCUGCAGCUGCUUAGUAUGGUGCCGUCCAUGCGUCCCACUCACCCCUCCCCCUUCCCUCCACUCCCCCAUCUCCUCCCUCUCCCCCUCUCCCAGGACGCGUAUCUCAAGGUGUAUUGCUGGCAGUACAUCAACUGCCUGCACCUCUGGACGCGCGUGCUCUGCGUGCAAGCAGCAGCGCACCAGCACCCGCACCACUCCCCCUCCCCUUCCUCCUCCGCCUCCGCCUCUGCCUCCGCAUCAGCUGUGGCGGUGGCAGCAGCAGCAACUCCUCUAGACGCAGCCUCGCACGGCAGUCGCUCCCCGCUGCUGGCGCUGGUGUAUCCACUCGCGCAGAUCAUAGCCGGGGUGGCCCGCCUUGUUCCCACCGCGCGCUACCUGCCUCUGCGCUUCCAGUGCACGCGCAUGCUCUCGCUGCUGUCUUCUGCCACCGGCCACUACGUGCCAGUGGCGCCAGUGCUGGUGGACGUGCUACAGAUAAAGGAGCUGCACCACGCUCCCUCAGGGGCCAAUGUGCAGAGCAUCAACCUCGCCACCUCGCUCAAGGUCCCCAAGCAAGUCGUGCGAUCGAAGACCUUUCAGGAGGCGGUGGUGGAGGAGGUGGUGCUGCAGCUGGCGCUCUUCGCCUCGCAGUGGAGCCUCUCCAUCGCCUUCCCCGAGCUGCUGCUGCUGCCGCUCACCCACCUGCGCUCCUUUCACAAGCACUGCCGUGUGGACCGCUUCAGGAGGCAGAUCAAAGGGUUGAUUGACCAGAUCGAGCGCAACGCAGAGGUGGUGGAGAGGGCGAGAGACAAAGUGUCAUACGGCCCGAGAGACAUCACCCAGGCUGCCUCGUUCCUCCAGGAGGAGAGGAACAAGGGGAGCAAUGCACUGGUGCGGUAUGCGAGUGAGAUGCAGCGACAGGUGGAGACCAAGCGACAGAAGCUCGAACCCGCAGAGCUGGUGUUCAAGGAUGAGGAGGAUGACACGGGCAAGAAGGGGAAGCGCGCUGCUGACAGUGACGACGACGACGAUGAUUCUGAUGGUGAUGGUGAUGACUUUGGGAGUGACGAGGAGGGUGCGGAUGGGGAGGGGAGUGAGGGCGAGGAGGGAGACAUGGGAGAGGAGGGAGAAGCGGGAGAGGAGGAAGGGGAGGAGGAGGAGCAGGAGCGUGCCAAGGCGUCUAAGAAGCGCGCUCGGGAACCUACUACUGGAGGGGCUAAGAAGGGCAAGGCGGGUAAGGCGGGCAAGAGUGCUGCUAACAGGGCUGCUUAUGACGAGGAUAACGAUGAGGAUGUGGUGAAAGACUUUGAGCUGUCGGAAAGUGAGAGUGAGGAUGAGAUGGGAGGAGGGGAAGAGGAUGAUGAUGGGGAGAUGGGAGAUGACAAUGGAGAGGGCUUUAGUGAUGAUGAUGAUGAGGAGGAUGAUGAGGAAGAGGAUGAGGAUGAUGAGGAGGAUGAAGAGGGUGAUAUGGAUGGUGGGGAGGAGGAUGGGGAUUUGGAUGCUAUGGGAUUUGGUGCGGGUGGUGCGAAGCGAGGGAGGGGAGCGGGGGGAAGAGGGAGGGGACGAGGAGGGGAGGGUAGAGGCCGUGGUGGGGGAAGGGGCCGGGGAGGAGGUCGGGAUGGAGGAGGAGGGGGGGGGGAGGGGGGGGUGAUUGGGGUGGGAGGGGCGGCGGGAGAGGAGGCGGGAGAGGUGGUGGGAGAGGUGGGAGGGGAGAAGGCGGGAGGGGUGGAGGGUUUGGACGGGGAGGUGGAGGACGGGGAAGGGGGGGGCGAGGGGAGUCGAGAGGGGGAGGGGGAGGCAGAGGCGGUCGGGGCUUUGGGGGCUUCGGGGGGAGGGGACGCGGUGGGGGGCGUGGAGGAGGGGGACGGGGGGGAAGGGGAGGAAGGGGGGGAAGGGGGGGUGGUGAUUUCUGAGUUCAGUCGGAUGCUGCCAUAUGAGAGAGAGGUGGAGGUUGGUGGAGAGGAGAGAGGUGGAGGGUGUCAGAGAGUGGUGAAGAGUGGUAGAGGGUGA